AGAAGCUGGACCAGCGCGCAGGCCCAGAACCGCCCGAGCCGCGGCUGCGGCUACGCCCCAGAACGGAAGAGGGAAGUGAAUCCAGAGCCGUGCAGUGGGUUUCUGCCGGGCUGGGCUUGCUGAGCUAGAGGCAGCAGCGAGAGGAGGCCUUGGCCACGGGUCCGGAUCCGGGAUGUCGAAGAACACGGUGUCGUCGGCCCGCUUCCGGAAGGUGGACGUGGAUGAGUACGACGAGAACAAGUUCGUGGACGAGGAGGACRGGGGCGACGGGCAGGCCGGGCCCGACGAGGGCGAGGUGGACUCCUGCCUGCGGCAAGGAAACAUGACAGCUGCUCUCCAGGCAGCUCUGAAAAAUCCCCCUAUCAACACCAAGAGUCAGGCGGUGAAGGAUCGGGCAGGCAGCAUUGUCUUGAAGGUGCUCAUCUCUUUUAAAGCUAAUGAUAUCGAAAAGGCCGUUCAAUCUCUGGACAAGAAUGGUGUGGAUCUCCUAAUGAAGUAUAUUUAUAAGGGCUUUGAGAGCCCAUCUGACAAUAGCAGUGCUAUGUUACUACAGUGGCAUGAAAAGGCACUCGCUGCUGGAGGAGUAGGGUCCAUUGUUCGUGUCCUGACUGCAAGGAAGACGGUGUAGUCCAGCAGGAACUGGAUCCACUGCAGGAGUGGGAGUUGCUGGUACAAAGACCAAAACAACCAAAUGCCACGGCUGCCCUGUGGGUAGCAUCUGUUUUUCUCAGCUUUGCCUUCUUGCUUCCUUUUUCAUAUCUAUAAAGAAGAAAAUUACAUGCCAGUUUUCCUUUCAUGAAAAUUGGGAUAAUGUGGAGGAAAUUUGGUUUCAGCAGGAUUUUGUUUCAUCCUCUUGUAACCAUUUCAAUGAUGUUUAUACCAGUCUGUGUAGAGUAUCAUGUACAUUCAGAUUUAAUUGUGCAAUCUUAAACCCCUAUCAGCUGGUUACUGUGUUGUUGGUUUGUUCYCCCCCCCCCCCCACUAAUACGAGGGAUCAGAUCAGAAUUUGAGGCCAGUUUCCUAACUCCUUGCUAGUCAGGAAGAGAUCUUUAUUAAAAUAUAUAUAUAUGAAACUGGCAGCUAUUAACAUUGCAAAACUGGACCAUACUUCCCUUAUUUAAGCAAAAUGUGUUUCUGGAACAAGUGGUGGGUGAAAACCAUUACUAAUUUCCAAUUUUAUUUCUCCUYGUCUCCAGAUUAUGCUGUGAGUUUUAAGAACGCUACUUACUUUCAACAUUCAAUUAUCAUGGCCUCUUGAUUUCUUUGUGGUCACCCAGGGUUCUGAACAAGGAGUCUUGUUCUACAAAGGUGUAUCUAUAAAAUAUCAGAGCCUGUUUGGCUUGAUAUUAAAGCUUUGUUGUGUCAAUAAUGUGGCUCCCUUUGGGGAAACUACUCCAAAUCAGAAAGGAUGAGGAAACUAUGAUGUAGUUCAAACUCUGGGCAGCCUCUGAAUGAAAUACUG